AUGGUUCGACCUCUUUUGCUCCUCUUUUCCCAGGCCUCUCUUCUUCUUUCUCUCCAACCCAAGCUGCCGACUCUUCUCUUUUUUCGUUGUCUUCCUUUUUUCAAACUCCUUCGUUCCGUCAUUGUCGUGAUAUCUCUGAAGUCGAUUCAGAUCCAGCCGCUUCCUUUUGCCGACCAAUCCGACUCGUUGCCUUCGACCGUCUUCUCGCUGCUGCUACUACCGCUGCUGCUGCUGCUGCGCCGCCUGGUUUGGCGCUAG